GCUACAGGCAUGGUAACACCGCGAUUGAGAGAGAGCUGCUCCCAAUUCUCUUUGUUUUGGGGUCCGAAUUUUGCUUACUAACAGGUGUGGGGGAUCACUCAGCUGCGAUUCGACUCUCCGGCUCCCAAAAAUAAUUUCUCCUCAGUUUUUCAUAACGCGCGAUAGCGAACGAUACAGGGCUGUGCGGUUUAUCAAUAAAAGCUGAACAAAUAUGUACUCGAAAGUACUUUUCCCGUGACGUCUUCGGUUUAAAUCCCCUUCGACUUCCCUUAAAAUAGCCACGUUCUUGUGUGAACCCCCAACAGUAUUGCCCAAGUCGGCCAAGUGCUAACUACUCCGCCGGUUAAUAGAGUUGUUGUUACCGUUGGCAACAGCCACAGCAAAGUUUUUAACGCUGUAACACCGGAUAUAAUUUGCAAUUACAUACCCGGCUAAAAAUAAACCGAUACAAAGCGAAAUAAAUUGAAAACAGCCUGAAGAUGCCUGAUGUUAAGUUCCGGGCCGUUCUACCCACCAAUGCAAAUGCAUCGGACCAAGUUACAAGGCUUUCGAUUAGCGGCAGCCUGCCCCAGGAUCCCCAGCAAUUCUCGGUUAACUUUGUCAACAGCAUAGACUGCACGGACAACAUCACAUACCACUUUAAAGUGGUGAUACCAACGCAAACGAUCAUCGAGAACUACAAGCGGAAUGGCGAGUGGAGCAGUCUGCAUCAAGAGAAGUACCUGAACAUCUUUGACGGUACAUCCGGCGUUAGCGAUAAGAACCCCAAUAUGACUCAGAGCUUUGCCCGCAUAAUGAACGAGAUUGAAGAGGAACUCCAACUUUCAUCCACAGAGACCUCGUUUUGCCUUGAAUUUGCCUUCGACUACUCAAACUCCAUGAUGCGGGUGUACCAGGGCAGGGAUACAGGCCACAAUUUCAUAACCGAGUACGAGACCCUAUUCUCCUUAUCCGACAUCCAGGCGGUUCAGGUGUGGGGCGAUGUCCAGAAGGUCAAUCAGUUUUCCCUGGCCUACAACUGAUUUCAAGCUCCCAAAGAUCCCCAAGGUAGUCGGCGCAAGGUAGUUGCAUUCUUCAAUCGCUUCAAUUUGAGUUUGGUGAAGGGGCACUUUUAGUUUGAACACUGCACGACCUUAAUCCCCUCACCUGUAGUUCUAAUUAGUUUGUUGAAUUUGGCACCCCAUCUCCAUUUGGUUUGCUGUAGUACCGCCAUGCUUUCACUCCUCCUUCGUUCGUUCCGCUUUGUUAAGCUCAGAUCCUUACUCUUAUAUCAAUCAGUAUUAAACAAUGCCUUCUCUAAUUAGCAAACAGAUCAAGAUUUUAUGAUAAACUUAAGUGAUUAUACAUUAAGCUUGCCGAUCUUAUUUAUUUGAAUUUCAAAAUUACUCGCUAUUUAGGUAUAAUUGGCGCUUUUUAGCAGUUUUUCCAAAACUUUUCUUACUAAUAACAUCAAAUUUUGAUCAGCACUGCUUUGACAAAUCAUUUUUUCACGGAAAUAUUUGUCACUUAUUUGGGUAUCGGUCCCCAUGUUUCACACCUGUGCUUUUUACAAACUACCCUGUGACGUUAGUAGAGCUCUGCAAUUGCUUUUUAUCGCAGUUGCCCUUUGUUUAUUCGUUUGUAGUUGCUAGUACUCGUUAAUUGUUAGGCCAAAGAAUUUUUUGUAUUAUACACGUUGAAUUUCUGUGCCUGCUAAUGUCUUCCAUCUAAAUUUCGAACGUAGUUGUAAGUUUUUCAUGUAAUACAAAUACACGCCACGCCAAGUAUUAAAAAUUGCCUUGACCAGUGCAUUUUCCUCAAUUAAAUGCGUAAACACAAAAAUUCA